UUUAUUUGUGUGUGUGUGCGCGGGUGUGUGCGGGUGUGUUUGUUUCUGCAUGAAAAGAAGGGGAUCGGAAGAGGAGUCCUGCGCGGAAACUCUGCGGCGGCGGCGGCGGCGGGCGGCGAGGCGGCGGCAGCAUGCCGCGGAGAAAGCAGCAGGCUCCCCGGCGCUCCGCAGCAUAUGUUCCUGAGGAGGAAUUGAAAGCAGCAGAAAUAGAUGAAGACAGCGUGGAAGAUGAUGGGCUGUCUCUGGACAUCCAGGAGAAUGAGUAUUUGUGCAAUGAAGAAGCAGAGAUCAAAGAGGCUCAAAGCUACCAGAACUCCCCAGUCAGCACUGCAACUAAUCAGGAUGCAGGCUAUGGUUCACCGUUUAGUGAAAACAGUGAUCAGCUGGCCCAAUUCAAAAGCACUUCCUCUAAAGAAGAGAAGGAGGAUCCUCAGUGCACAGACAAUGUUUCCUAUCCACAGGACAGCUUGGCACAAAUAAAAGCUGUGUAUGCAAAUUUGCUUUCAGAGACUUGCUGGUCCAGUUUAGCUUUGGACUUAAAGAAAUCCAAUCCAACCACCAGCAACAAUGGAAUCAGCCAGAACGAAAACACCACCAGUACUGACACCAACGCCAAUUCCCAGAGCACUACUACUACCAGUACCAACACUAGCACCAGUACGACUACCAGUAGUACUAGUACCAGUAACAGCAGCAGUGGCGGCUCUGGUUAUGACUGGCACCAAGCUGCAUUAGCUAAAACUUUGCAGCAGACCUCAUCCUACGGACUUCUGCCAGAGCCCAGCCUUUUCAGCACAGUACAGCUUUACCGGCAAAACAACAAACUCUAUGGGUCCGUGUUCACCGGUGCUAGCAAGUUCCGAUGCAAAGACUGCAGUGCAGCCUAUGACACACUGGUGGAGCUAACGGUGCACAUGAAUGAAACUGGACAUUACCGUGAUGACAACAGAGAUAAAGAAGCCGAUAAGACCAAACGGUGGUCGAAGCCUAGGAAACGAUCGCUGAUGGAAAUGGAAGGCAAAGAGGAUGCCCAGAAAGUGCUGAAGUGCAUGUACUGUGGGCAUUCGUUUGAGUCUUUGCAAGACCUCAGCGUCCAUAUGAUAAAAACAAAGCAUUACCAGAAAGUGCCUCUGAAGGAGCCAGUACCAGCCAUCACUAAAUUGGUCCCUUCUACCAAAAAGCGAGCACUUCAGGACUUAGCUUCACCUUGUUCACCUGAGCCAACGGGGAUCACUGCAGAAGCUUCGCUGGGUGAGUCUGCAAAGGAUCAGAAAACUGCCAACCCCUACGUGACUCCAAAUAACCGUUAUGGCUAUCAAAAUGGUGCUAGCUACACUUGGCAGUUUGAGGCACGCAAAGCCCAAAUUCUGAAAUGCAUGGAAUGUGGCAGUUCCCAUGAUACUUUGCAGCAGCUCACUGCUCACAUGAUGGUCACUGGCCAUUUCUUGAAGGUGACCAAUUCUGCUUCCAAAAAAGGCAAACAGCUAGUAUUGGACCCAGUGGUGGAGGAGAAGAUACAGUCCAUACCUCUUCCACCCACCACCCACACAAGGCUACCAGCCUCCAACAUUAAAAAACAGCCUGACUCCCCAGCGGGCUCCACAAACUCAGAGGAAAAGAAAGACCUAGAGAAGGAAAAGGUGGUGGCCAGUGAAACAGAGAAAAAGAUUAAAGAAGAGAACGAGGACUCUACAGAGAAAUUUGAGCCAACAACUUUGUAUCAGUACCUCAGAGAGGAGGAUUUAGAUGAUAGUCCUAAAGGUGGAAUAGACAUAUUGAAAUCCCUGGAGAACACCGUGACGACAGCUAUCAGCAAAGCUCAGAAUGGAGCGCCUUCCUGGGGAGGAUAUCCCAGUAUUCACGCCGCUUACCAGCUCCCAGGAACAGUCAAACCCCUUCAGCCUGCAGUGCAGAGCAUUCAAAUGCAGCCAUCAUACGCGAGCAGCGUAAAAUCACUGUCAUCAGAACACAACACGCUCAUCCACUCUCCAGGCAGUCUCACACCCCCACCUCACAAAAGCAAUGUGUCUGCUAUGGAAGAACUAGUGGAGAAAGUUACAGGUAAAAUAAACAUUAAAAAGGAAGAAAAGCCUUUGGAGAAAGAGAAGAGUUCUCCAGUCAAGCCCAUGUCACCUGCUGCUAAAGAAAACAAGGACUUCCCAAAAGCAGAAGAAAUAAAUAACAAACAGCAGCAGAAGAAGAGCUCAGAGACAGAAGUUCAGAAGGUCAAAAAGGAUAGUCCAGCAGAAGCACAUACGCCAAAUGGUACAGAGCCACUUAAAACAAAAGUUGCAAAUGGCUGUAACAAUUUAGGAAUCAUCACAGAUCAUUCACCUGAGCCAUCCUUCAUUAAUCCACUGAGUGCUUUACAGUCCAUUAUGAAUACCCACUUAGGCAAAAUUUCUAAGCCAGUAAGCCCCUCUCUGGACCCUUUGGCCAUGCUGUACAAAAUUAGCAACAGCAUGUUGGACAAACCUAUUUACCCAACCACUCCUGUCAAGCAGGCUGAUGCUAUUGACCGGUAUUACUAUGAGAACAGUGAUCAGCCUAUUGAUUUAACCAAGUCCAAAAACAAACCUCUUGUUUCCAGCAUGGCUGACUCUGCCUCAUCCCCGCUAAGAGAGAGUGCCCUGUUGGAUAUUUCCGAUAUGGUGAAGAACCUCACAGGCCGUUUGACACCCAAGUCUUCAACGCCGUCUACCGUGUCAGAGAAGUCUGAUGCUGACGGGAGCAGUUUUGAGGAAGCUCUGGACGAACUCUCACCAGUACACAAGAGGAAGGGCAGACAGUCCAACUGGAACCCUCAACAUCUUCUGAUCCUUCAAGCCCAGUUUGCUUCCAGCUUGAGGGAGACCCCAGAAGGCAAAUACAUUAUGUCGGACCUAGGUCCACAAGAGCGGGUACACAUCUCUAAGUUUACUGGUCUUUCCAUGACCACAAUUAGCCACUGGCUGGCCAAUGUGAAGUAUCAGUUAAGGAGGACAGGUGGAACUAAAUUUUUAAAGAACUUAGACACAGGACAUCCUGUUUUCUUUUGCAAUGAUUGUGCCUCUCAGUUCAGGACUGCUUCUACAUACAUAAGUCACUUAGAGACACACCUAGGGUUUAGUUUGAAGGAUCUGUCAAAGUUGCCACUUAAUCAGAUUCAAGAACAGCAGAAUGUUUCAAAAGUCCUUGCAAACAAGACUUUGGGCUCGCUUGGAAUUGCCGAGGAGGACUUGGGCUCCACAUUCCAGUGCAAGCUCUGUAACCGAACUUUUGCAAGCAAGCAUGCAGUCAAACUGCACCUUAGUAAAACACAUGGCAAGUCCCCAGAGGACCAUCUGAUCUAUGUAACUGAGUUAGAAAAACAAUAGCGUCCAGGUAAGCAGCCAGGUAUGCAAGUGACCACAGGAACAUUGCACUAAACUUCUUCAUAGUACUGCACUAGGCCUGACCUGAGCCUCUGAAAUCAGUCUUACUUUUGUUGCUGAACUGCCUAUCUGGACCUUGGUUUUUCUUACACUUAUUUUGUAGUUAUAUUUAUAUGCUCUUUGUCUGAUCUGUGCAUGGUUAUUUUUUUUUGUUUGUUUGUUUCUGUUUUUAUUUUUUUGUGAGUCAAAGUCUGACCUUUAUUUUCAACAUCUGUCCUUGAUGUUACGCUAUCUUUUGUAGAAUAUAGUGGGAGACACUAUUGAGAGACAUUAAUUUAGCCGUAAAGAAAGACACAAAGAACAAUGAUAAAGAGACAUCCUAAAAUUACAAAGUUGCCAUGACAAUAAAGGUCACAGAACCUGGUAGUGUCAAGUUUUAACCCUCUGAGAACUGUAAUAGCAUUUCUGUGCCUUUCCCAAUGACUAAAGAAGUAAAUAAGGAAACAAAACAAAACCAAACAGAGGACUUAAAGGCAUUUCAUUCAAAUAAAGCUGUGUCAGAAGCAGAACUUAGUUUUUUUUUUAAAUGAAUGAGCUUCUUUUUAUUUUUUAUUUUUUUUAAUGCAGAACUGGUUUGUGAAGAAAUUGUGCAUGCAGUCCUUGGAAGAAAGAGAGCUGUGUAGUACUCAAGGGGUUAGGAAGCCACAACUGUAUAAGUUUAAUAAUAAUUAAAAAAUAAAUAAAUAUAUAUAUAUAAAAAAAAAACAAAACUAAAAAGAAGCAAACUGAGUUGCCACUAUGCCCAAACCCUCUGGAUGCUGAGAAUUGCCAUGUUUUGGCAAAAAAAAAAAAAAAAAAGAAAAAAAAAAGGAAGAAAAGAAAAAGAAAACAAACAAAAACUUAAAAAAAAAAAGUAUGCAAGCUGUUAUUUAAAACAAAUGUAAAAAUUUCUAUUUCUUUCUUCUUCUUUCCCCUCUGCCCCCGACCCCUUUUUUUUUCCCCCCUGUAAAAUACCGCAGUUUAUAGUUAUUUACAAAUGUUAAGCUUUGGUACAAGCUGACCUUUCUAUAGUGUGCUGCAUUGGUAAAUGAAAACAACAGCAACAAAAAAGGGGCAAAUGUUGGAUUCUGUUCCUGUAAAUUGCCAGCAUCAGCUUAAAAAAAAAAAAGAAAAAGAAAAAUACAUGUUACAUAUCAUACCAUUUUAAACUGUUCAACUUUCUUUGUACCUUCUGGCUGUAUGCUUUCUCUUUUAACUUUUUAUAUUGUCAUUUUAUAUUCGAUUUCUGUGUAUAUAAUGUAAAACCACACUUUUGGAAUAAAAUUUAGUUCCUGCAGCUUGAUAUAAAUAGAGGAAUUUUACUGGCACCUGCAUCUUUCCAGAUGCAUGUACUUAGAGGAACUAUCUGACAAAAAAAAGAAAAAAAAAAUUUAAAAACAUUUAAAAAAAUAAAAAUAAAGCAAGCAAUGCACUAUGAAUUAUACAUUUUGAUGUUUUAUCAUUAAUAUUGUACAGUACAUUUUGGUUCACACAAUUAAAUCCACUGUUUUCUCAAGUGUAAAAUAAACCCACAUGCAGUUCUUGAUUUA